AAAAAAAAAAAUCUUAUCUGGUUUAUACUGAAAGAGGGGAGCAGAGAGUAGAGAGACCAGUCUCAGCUAAAGCCAAACUGAGAGAGAAAUGGCAUUUCUGUGUGCACCCUCUUCUAUCACACUCUCAUCAUCUUCUUCUUCCUCUUCUACUGCUUCCACCACACAGAGACCCUACACUACUUUUAUUGCUGGGUCAUCCUUGUUAAAAUCAAAACCAUCUGUUCGGACUUCAUUUUCUGCCAGUUGCAGCCGCAAUUUUACAGUUCUGUCCGAGAAGACUGAUAAAAAAGUUGUCCCUCACGUACCCGUCGAUCAGCGUUGGAUGUUUGAGGAGUUUGAGCUCAAUGGCCCUGACAUUUGGAAUAAGACUUGGUAUCCUAAAGCUGCAGACCAUGUAAACACAGAGAAGCCUUGGUAUGUUGUUGAUGCAACUGAUAAAAUUCUUGGCAGAUUGGCAUCUACAAUUGCCAUUUAUAUUCGUGGAAAGAAUUUGGCUACUUAUACUCCUAGUGUUGACAUGGGGGCCUUCGUGAUUGUGGUGAAUGCUGAGAAGGUUGCUGUAUCUGGGAAGAAAAGGACCCAAAAGUUAUACAGGAGGCAUUCAGGAAGACCGGGUGGUAUGAAAGUGGAGACAUUCGAUCAGCUGCAACAGAGGAUCCCAGAAAGAAUUAUUGAACAUGCUGUUCGUGGAAUGCUUCCAAAAGGGAGGCUUGGCAGAGCAUUGUUCAACCACCUUAAGGUAUACAAAGGCCCAGAUCAUCCACAUGAGGCCCAGAAGCCCAUUGAGCUGCCUAUAAGGGACAAGAGGAUUCAAAUGCAGAAAUAGACCAACUCUUGUUCUUCCUCAACCACUUGCUUAUGUAAUUUUUCUUUCCUCACAUGGAUUUGAGUUCCAUGUUGAGGUUUCCCCAUGCAAGAGCCUGUUCAUGUUUGUAAUUUGUAGCAGAGGUAGUUAAAAUUAGCAUUGCUGGUCUUUGGCCCAGGCUUGGUGCUGAUUCUGAUGGCAAACUUACUUUUGUAGGUUUCUGUUGUUUAAUAUGUAUUAAGCUGAAUCUACAAUGUAUCUUGCAGCAAAUUGAAUUCAUUAAGUCAAAAGGAAAGGAGGAAAUCAUUUUCCGAAAAA